AUGCAUUUCCAAAUAGCCUGCGCCCUCGCGGCCUUUCAAAUCCCAGUAGCUCUAUCCCACGUCCUCGUCACAAAUGCCUUCGGAAACGUCGACCCAACCGCCAAAACAUACGGCAUCGGUCUUCUCGAAAACACAAAUCGUCAAAAUGGUGCUCGAUUUAACAACCAACGAGACGUAACCGUAUUCAGCGACCCGACAAUGGCACCGAAUGGGUCAGGUCAAGCCAAAAAUGCGGGUGAUAAAUGGUACUGCAAGAAAUGUCCUAUUUACGAUCAAGAAUGUAAACACUGUAAAGGCGUAACGGAUUGCAAGAAAUGCUUUAUUGGAUAUGAUCCAAAUUGUUCGGCAUGUCGGAAGAGAAAUCUUUCUGGUUGCGGUCGGACUUAUUAUGUCGGUUCGGCGAAGUACUAUAUCACGGAUUCUCCGCAAUUGAGAGGAACUGACUCCAAUUUUCCGAGCUAUAACACCGCACGGCUUAACACUACUUCAUGGCUCGAGUGGAUGGUUGAUCGAAAUCUUGUUGCUAAAGUCACGGCAGGCGGCUGGGUUAACGUGACAAUGUCACAACAGAACACAGAUGGGGGCGGGCCAUAUAUGUGUCAACUUGAUGAAACAGGUACGGGGGAGAAUUUUAAGCCAUUGGAUAUCGUUGGUAAAGACUGCGCCGGACGGUAUGGCGCCAAUCUAUGUAAGAACCAAGAUUGGUACGUCGGCGCGAUUCUACCAAAGGAUUUGAACUGCAAAGGAACAACGAUUGGGGAGAAAAAAACCGACGUAUUGGAAAAGAUUUGCAUGUUGAAAUGCUACAAUGACGCCCCGAAUGGUCCCUUUGGAGGGUGUAUACCGAUCCAACAGGUGGAAGGCGAGGGAGCAACGUUCCCACCAUUGGGGAAACAGGAUUUUUGUGAGAAUGGGCCGUGGCCAGGGUCUCCACACUCUGACAAGUUUCUCCGGUUUUUGGCGGGCAAUGAUAACCUCAAACAAGCCGACAUGGACUAUUUAGCCAAAGAAGCUGGAGUGAAGAGGACGUUUCACUAA